AUGCCACUAAAGUGUUCUGAUGAUGAGUGUACUUCAACUAAAGAAAUUGUACUGACUGGCGACAGAUUAUUCUUCUUUGCCAAUUCAACAAGAUAUGUUGAUGAAGGACGUUUCCGUUGUCAAGUUAGUCUGCAACUCAAAGAAUACAAUUUCAAACUUGUUGAACAUCAAGAUGUGAUAAUAAAGCGUCAAGCUGUUCCAGCAAUCUUUAGCAGUGGAUCAAUCACAUAUACAACUAAUGAUGAAAUGUCAUUACAGUGUACUGAUGAAUCAUCUUCACCUGAAUCAAGAGUGGAGUGGAUGUUUGAACCUGCUGGAAAACCACCACCAGAACGUAGAUUACCAAAAGUUAUUGGAAAUACUUAUGCCUAUGGAAGAAUUUAUAUAUUUGCGAUUGCAAGAGGUCAACUUAUCCCUGAACAUUCUGGAAAGUACACGUGUAUAGCAACUAAUCCUUAUGGAACAGCUAAUAGUUCUAUUACUGUAACAGUAACUGAGGAUCUUUCUCGUGGAAAACUUCGAUUUGUUCGAAGAAUCAUUCGUCGUGCCAUUGCUACAUAGAUGAAGCACGCAACCGGUACCACCAAAUUUUUGCUUAGUAAUAACUAAAGACGCUAAAGUUAGAUAGAAGGACUGUUACACUACUACUACUUACUACUAUCUAUAUCAUUAUCAGUACUAUAUAUCUCUCAAUUAUAACAAUGUUUUUGUCUAUUUAUGUACUGGGUUUUUAUUCCUUUGCAUUUUGCUGAUGCAUAAACACACAAGCGCCUUUACUUGUUUAAGUGUCGUUUUCGUGUUGUUAUUCUCUGUGUCUAUCUAUUAAAUGCUUCUAAUCGGCUAGCUAAAGACUAUUAUUACUGCUGUUAUUAUUAUUAUUA